AUGCAGCCGAACCCCACGGAGAAGGUGACUGCGUUAGUAAAGGCGUGCUUGAGGUACGAGGUGCCUAUGACGCCGCGUGGUGCCGGUGCCGACGUCGAGGGUGUGUGCAUUCCCUACUCUGGCGGCAUUUCCAUUGCCACAGAUCCUCUGACGUGGAUGAACUUCGAGCUGGACAGCUCGUGCCUGUGGGUGGGUGCUGGUGUGGGCAAAAAGACCCUCAACAGAGCCGCCGCCAAGCACGGCUUCGUCUUUGCUCCCGGCCCAUCCUCGGAGCUCUGUGUCGGCGGCAUGGCUGCAACUUUUGACAGCGGCGUGUGCACGCUGCGCUACGGUGACGCUCGCGUGCACCAUCACGCCGCAGGGCGCCGCUAUGCAGGUGAGGCAGGUGGUGCGCAGGUAGUCUGCUGGCCUGGAGUAGAGUCAGCUGUACACUGGUAGGGGGGGGCCACCCUCGGCGUCGUCUGUAGCGUGUGUUUCUGCUCCUUCUCUACUCAGAGAGACGGUUCCGGCAUCGUGGGUUUCUUCACCACGACGGAUGCGGCGGUGCGAGCGGGUGCGAGCCGCUCAGAAAGGAGGAUGCGACGGUGGUCAGCUCGUACAGCGACGCGAGCCUGCCCGUGUCGGCGUGCGUGCUACUCGUGUUUGCGUCUGACGCUGCGCGGCGGUGCUACAUCCACCGCGGCUACAAGAAGGUGGCCGCGGCAUUUGGAAACUGCCCCCCCCCCCCCCACAUAUCUGCACUGGCUGAGAGGCAUCAAGGAGACGGAUACCGCUUGGGAAGUCCGCUGCAGCUGCCUCUGCUCCACCAUGCGCACCGUCAAGACACAGGGAAUCCAGAGGGUGCGCACAGCGAGCGUCUGCAUCCCCAUUAGCUACGUGUGGGAGUGUGUGGAGGCGACAGAGUAGG